UGGUGUGUUUCUUUUUUGUUUGUUUGUUUUUGUUAAUUAUGCAAUUCUGUGAGUUAAAGUGUGCCUUUAUGUGAGCGCGCGUAAAGACCGACUGGCUCGAGCGCUUCAUUUCGAUUCACCGGGGACUCCUGUGCGCAACAAGAGCCCCCCAUGGGUGCAAUAGUGCAAGCACAGACGGCGGUGAUUGGCCAGAGGUUGAUCAGAUGGUACACUUCCCCUCUGUAUCCGGUGGCACCUCACAGCCCCCCUUUCAGCAAAAACCAAAUCUCCGAUAAAGUAAUGGCAAAAGCACUUGGACUAUAAAAGACAACAAAUCAUAUUCCUCCGGAGUAAAUACACCCCGUUGUCCACCCAAUGAGUUCCUAUUUCGUUAACUCAACUUUCCCCGUGUCUCUACCGGGAGGACAGGACUCUCUCCUGGGUCAGAUACCGCUCUACUCCUCGGGAUACACGGACCCGUUGAGGCACUACUCCAACGCGGCCACGUAUGGAGCAGCCAACAUGCAGGAGAAGGUCUACCCGGCUUCCUACUAUCAGCAGUCGGGCGCGGCGGCGGCGGCGGCCAUCUACGGCCGCGCUGCCGCCGCCGGCGGAGCGCCGUGCGACUACAACCCCGUGGGCACGUUCUACAAAGACUCGGAGGGCUCGUGCGCCUUCUCGAGCGGCCGCGAGGAGCAGCCGCUGUUCGUCACUCAGGAGCACCAGCAGCGCAAGGCGGAGUGCGCGGAGCAAGCUGUCAGCAUGAGCGGCAGCAUUGACGACAAGUCCUCUACUCUCAUCUACCCCUGGAUGCAGAGGAUGAACGCCUGCUCCGCCGGCCCAUUUGGGAGCAGCGGCCGCAGGGGCCGGCAGACCUACACCCGCUACCAGACCCUGGAGCUGGAGAAGGAGUUCCACUUCAACCGCUACCUGACCCGGAGGCGCCGGAUAGAAAUCUCCCACGCCCUGUGCCUGACGGAGAGACAGAUCAAAAUCUGGUUCCAGAACCGCAGGAUGAAGUGGAAAAAGGAGAACAAACUCCUGAAUCCCUCAAAGACAGCCGAGGAGGAGGAACAGGAGCAGGCGGAGAAGAAGAGCUAAACUACAAAGGGGACUCUGAGACAAAAAAAAAAAAAAAAAAAAAAAACGAAGAAGAAGAAACGCUUGAAUGUGUGCCUGUGUGUGCGUGUGUGCGUGUGUACCCAUAAAAUGAUGUAUAAAUUCUUUGUAGAUAUAAGAAGUGCUGCAGAAACCCCACGUUAGAGACGUGUAGAGUGACUUUGAGUAUUUGCACGGUGACUCUGUCCGCAUUUAUCAGGUCCUCCUCUGUUUGUUUGUCCUUGUGCUCGUGUCUUUAUUUUAGAGGACUAUGCAACAAACCGCCAAACUGUAAAUAAAACCCAGUGUUUAUAGUUCUCAGUGUUGUUACCUCAUCACUAUCGGCCCGCUGGGCGCCACCUUUAUUUAAUCUCAGUGCUAUUAAAGCAGGUUUUAUUUUUUAUUUUUCGUCCCUUGUUGUGUAGUUGCUCUGAUGUGACUGUGAUAUAGUCUUUAGGCUUGUUGUUUACCGAUGAGUUCAAUUUGUACAAAUGUUAUUUAUUGUUGUCUCACGUGUUCAAUGCACAUCUGGAUAUUGUGUGCAAUAUUUUCUUUAGGGGAAUUGUACAUAUAAGAAAAUAAAGGCUUUUUGAUGUAAAUCUGCAAAA